AUGAGUCCAUCAUCAAUACGAACCUCAGCUUACACGAACCCGCGCGCCUCCAGUUGCUUAUUCGCACACACCGGAAUUUGUUCGCCCAGUCGGAGAUGCGUUGCAGCCGCUGGGCGGUUGGUCACCGAUGUCGCAGCCACAAGAAAUGACGACAGCUGCAUUGCCUGCGAGUACGACAACCAGACAACACCUUGGCAUUUGGCGGUGCAUGGAUGGUGGAAAAAGUCGGCGAGUGCAACAUGGCAACAAAGCGGUCAGCAAACGAAUCUCCGGCGGGUGACGCGCGAUAAGCCUGUGAUAGGUGGGGAUGCUGCCCAACCACAUCUGCAAACCGAGGGCAAGGCAGCGCGCCUGAGUCACAGGGCAAACACGAGCAAACAACUGGCUGUGGACAACCUGCGAGCAGCCUGUGAGCAAGCUGAGAACAGGCAGGUGUGCCAUUGCUUGAAAUCAAGCGACCAGCCUUGA